UCAAACGCGAUGGCGGCUGGGGCGGCUCGGUGCUGAGGGGAGUGAUCGCCGCCCGGCCCCUCGUCCCCCGCCGGUGCCUCGGCACCAUGUCCUCGGAGGGCGGCGAUAUGGCGGCGGGCGGACAAACGCCUAAAGCUAAGCGGAAAGGAGGAAGAGUCGUGCAGUCUCGCUACCUGCACUUCGAUAAGAAAGACAGACAGAAAGUGCCGAGACUGCCAAGUUCAGGCGUCGCUCAGCGAAAGGCAGAAAAGGAUGCUUCGUCAAGUUCUUCUUCAUCAAAUACUUCUCUGCCAUCUUCUAGAACUAAAGCAAGAUCAGAUCUCUCUCAGAAACACAAAACUAAUGCUGGUGUUGAUCACAGCUUAUUAAAUCAGAGUGGUUUUGAGAAGGGUGACUUGCAGUCCACUUUAUUAGAUGAAGAAAAAAUGAAGCUACCAGACCUUGAUAUUUCUGCUAUUAAUGAUAAAAGUGACCCCAAGAAGAGUUCUUGUUCAGAAUCUGCUUCAGAAGGGGAUUCAGAGAUAACGAAAAGCAGAGUGACUGAUGAGGAAACUGCUUCUCAUGAUCUGAUGGCAGAGCUGGAAUCUGAGACACUACUUUUAACUUUCCUAAGAAUCAAGGCAGAAAAAAGUGUUGCCAAGAUGGAGGAAAAAGCUGAAAAAAAUUUAUUAAUGUUGUGUGAAGAAAAGCGGAGACAACAGGAGAAGCUGUGGGAGCUGAAACGUGAAAUUCUGCUUGAGGAGAGAGAGCAGAAGCUCAAUGAAACAUUAGACAAACAGAUAGAAGUGCUGUCUCCCCUGGUUGCUGUCUGUGAACAGUUUAAAGAGCAAUACAAAAGCUUUGCAGCUUCCCUGGAUGCUACAAGACAUGAAUUACCCAUAAAGAACAUUCACAUAGAAGGAGAUAAGCAAACCUACCUUGAUGAACUGAGAAAGCAAUUAAUGAUCACACAGGAGCUUCUGACAGAUGUUACGCCAAACCACUCAGGGGAUAGUGCAAAAGCACUGAAUGCACUGAAAGAUCUUAAAGUAGUGUCUCAGGAGCUGAGUGAAGGGCUUCAAAGGAGCUUCACAGAUGUGCAGAACCUGUCGUUUGAAACCAGUAAAGAAGUUUCUCUGCAUAACCAAUAUGUGUGUGAAGAGAAUCAUGGAGUAGAUGUUGUGAAACGCUGGUAUUUCAGCUGAGUUUCUGUAUUGUUUUACUACUGGGUAGGUACUAACUCAAAGCCACAAGACUUUUUAUUCUUUUACUUCUUGUAUGGACUUACAACUUGCCCAGUUUUUCAGUGAAGCCAGCAGCAGGGGUGCUCACUGAUAGAGGAAUUGGAGAGUUGUUUUGCAGGCUGUCCCACAAGGAGACAUCGCCGCUCGCUUUUAAUGGGGAUUUCUGUGACAGGUUUUCCACCCCUUUCUGCCUUGACAGUACUGAAAGAGAAGUGAUAAAAAGUGCUAUUCCUGGCAAAUCUGACCUGUGGUAAUCUACAGCCUGAGUGUUGGUUGCUCACUGAACAACUUCUGCAGGAACUCUGAUUUGUCCCGUAUUUCUGGAUGUGCUGGGUGGGUACAAAGCACUUGCUUGGAAGGAGCCUGGUCACUUUUAACAAGUGAGAAGUUUUGUUAACUGGUUGCCUAAUUGCCUUGUAAAUAAAUUAUUGAAAUCACAAAUGCUUUUGUAUAAA